UUGGAUAGACUAAGUAAUAAUAGAGACAUAAUUAUAAAACCCGCAGACAAGGGCGGAGCUACAGUUAUUCUCAACACAACCGACUACCUACAGGAGGCGAAACGCCAACUAGAUAAUGACACGUAUUACAAGAGGAUAGAAGAAGAUUGCACUUCGGGACAUGAACAAACGAUUAACCAUUGCAUAGACGAUCUCGUGAAGAACGGAGAAAUACAACACGACGUAGCAAAACUUUUAAAACCUGCGCAAUCUAGAACCCCAAUAUUCUACAUGCUCCCCAAAAUACAUAAAAUCAAUCACCCUGGCAGACCAGUUAUCUCCUCCGUUAACAGCCACACGGAGAAGAUAUCAGCUUAUGUGGAUGAAUUCUUAAGACCUAUAGCAGAGCGAUUACCUUCCUAUAUUCGCGACACGACAGACUUUAUUCAACGAAUAAAAGUCUUGGGAAAACUACCCGUAGAAUGUUAUUUAGUAACAUUAGAUGUUUCAAGCUUAUAUACAAAUAUUGAUAUUGAUGAAGGACUUACUGUCGUUCAGGAGGAACUUAUAAAAACGAACCGGGUCAAGCCAUCGCCUCAAACUUUGACAUGCCUUCUUGAAAAGGUUUUGAGAUUGAACAACUUCACUUUCAAUGACGAACAUUUUAUCCAGAUCAAGGGGACAGCAAUGGGAACCAGAGUUGCACCCAACUUCGCAAAUGUCUAUAUGGGAAGAUUCGAAGAAAACUUUGUAUACAAAACAGAGUGGUCCAACUACGUUAUAAUC